AUUGUCUCUCAUAGCCUUAUUAUUAUUUUCUUUCUUAUCUCUUUCCCACUCCUUACCCCUCUCCACAAGAGAAAGAUGGAUCAUAGACGCUCGAACAGGCCAGAGGGUGAAGCUGAGCUGCGUCAAUUUGGUGUCCCACGCACAGUCCAUGGUGGCGCAAGGGCUUGACAAGCGGCCGUUGAAGGACUUGGCGGCCGAGAUCAGCCGCCGCCAGUUCAACUGUGUGCGGCUGACCUGGUCGACUCACAUGUUCACCCGCUUCCCCUUGAUCAAGAUGGGCGACGUCUUCGAUGGCCUCGACAUCACCGACGUCAAGAGCGGAGUGCAGAAGAACAACCCUGACAUACUGAACAUGACCGUGGCAGAGGCCUUCAACACCGUGGUUGAUGGGCUCGGUGCCGAGGGCAUUAUGGUUUUUCUCGACAACCACAUUAGCCAGCCGCGAUGGUGCUGCUCUCUUAACGAUGGCAAUGGCUUCUUCGGAGAUCGCAAUUUUGACCCUAAUGAAUGGCUCAAAGGCUUGGCCUUUGUGGCUAGGAAGUUCACUCACAAUCCCCAUGUGGUGGCAAUGAGCCUAAGAAAUGAGCUACGAGGCCCAUUUACAAACACUGAAGUUUGGUACAAAUACGUGAGAUUAGGGAGCCAUUUGAUCCAUAGAAUAAAUCCAAAUCUUCUAGUGGUGAUUUCAGGUGUAAACUAUGACAAUGACCUAAGUUUCUUAAAACAAAGGCCUUUAGGGUACAACCUACGCAACAAAGUAAUAUUGGAGGCUCAUCUCUACGCCUUCAGCGGCGACCCCGAAAGCAAGUUCACAACCAAGCCACUCAACCUAAUUUGUGACCAAAUAAUGCAGAAGUUCGAAAGGGAAGCCGGGUUUGUCACGGAUGAUAAAGCAUAUCCUUUGUUUCUAAGCGAAUUCGGAUACGAUCAGACAGGCAGCGACCCGGCUCAAAAUCGGUUCAUGAGUUGCUUCUUGGCUCGUAUAGCGGAGAAGGAUAUAGACUGGGCCUUGUGGGCUUUCCAAGGAAGCUAUAUGUAUAGACAAGGGCACGAAGACCCGGAGGAAACUUUCGGUGUCAUGGAUGCCUCUUGGACUAAAGAUCGAAACCCUAAACUCGGUCAAUUGCUUCAGCUCGUCAAGAGAAUAAACCAAGAUCCAAAUUCAAAAGCUGCAAUGUCAUACAUAAUGGUACAUCCAGUGACAGGGGAAUGCAUGAAACCGGACGGCAAGGGAGGAAUCGAACUCGGCAACUGCACGGCGCCGAGCCAGUGGAGCCACGGCGGCGAUGGAACUCCGGUGAAGUUGGUGGCAAAUGGGCAGUGUCUGAAGGCCGCCGGAGAAGGGAAACCGCCGGUGGUCUCCGACGACUGCUCCGGCGAAGGAAGCAACUGGACGGCGGCUUCCAAGUCGAAGCUUCAUUUGGCCACCAAAAUCGGCGGCGAGAAUCUGUGCUUAGAAAAACAAUCCGAUUCUUCAAUGGCAACAAAGAAAUGCAUCUGUAUUGGAGAUGAUUGGAACUGCUUGGACGAUCCUCAGAGCCAGUGGUUCAAGCUUGUUCCAACUAAUGUUGCUUAAUUAGUUUGGUUUUUUAAUUACA